AUGACGGAGAAUAAUGCGCCAGACCGGCCAGCCAGCGCGGUAGACUCUCACUCUCCAUGCGACAACCGCCCUGACCAACGCGAAGCCCUAGAGCUCCACGAGAUUCAGACCCAAGAAGACAAUGAAUUGGACGACUCCAUGGCAUCAGCCUCAUCAGGCGACGAGUACCAUGUCACAACUAGACGGGCCACGCAAACCGCAACGCCCUCGAUUGCGUGUCACAGGAAGGGACUAUGGAGCAAGCUGUGUCACUUCUGGACACACCACGUCACAUUGACAGUGCCGCAUAAAAGCAAUCGUGAUCACUUUGCUCUGGAGAGAACCUUUCUGGCAUAUGUUCGAACUUCGUUGGUUAUUGCCAUGCAGGGUGUUCUCAUCGCCCAGCUGUUUCGCCUCCAGCGCUCGCCGACUGCAGAGGACCGCCUGAAGUUCUACCAAGUUGGCAUCCCGCUAGCUGUUAGCUGCUACGGUAUCGCUAUCAUUGUGGCGAUAAUCGGCGCAUAUCGCUUCUGGAGACAACAGAAUGCCAUUGCGUUGGGGAAGAUCUAUGCCGGCGGUUGGGAAAUAAAUCUCGUCGGCAUCCUGCUCUGUGUUGUAAUUCUCAUCCUUCUCGUCUCGCUUCUGGUACUCUUCGGCUAA